AUGCCUCGCCCAGGUGUCGGGGUAUUCGGCAGAAACGCCGCGCCUACCCUCGAGAUCAAGCCUGAGUCGCCUUUCGUUGUCUUCUAUGGAGAGUCUUCCGAGUCGCAUGAGACGGAGUUGAGGGGAAAGCUGGUUCUGAACAACCCAGAGUCCAUGUCAGUGAGGAGCUUGCGAAUCACACUCACAGGCACCCGCAAAGUCUCAUGGCAUUUGACCAACACCGUAAGCCCGCAGCCUAUCACCCAAAAGACCAACUUCCUCGUCGAAGAACUCCAUCUAUUUCCCGUCGACAUCGGCAGCAAGACCAAAGCGCACAAACUCAAUGCUGGAUACCAUGAGUGGGAUUUCAAGUUCAAGAUGCCUGCCAACCUCGACCAGAGCGUUGAGGGUCUACCGACAAACUGGGUGGUUUACAGCCUAAAGGCCCACGUGGAUAGAGGGUACAUGAGCAAGCAGCUCAAUGCUACGGCGCACAUCCGCGUCAUACGCACGCUCGGACGCGACAUGCUCGAAUCCAUGCCCAUGGAGCAAAUCAACGAGGAUAUCUGGGCCAACAAAUUGGCAUACAAGAUUACUGUUCCACAGAAGAACUACAUUGUCGGAACGUCCAUAACGGCUGAUUUCGUGUUGAUUCCCCUGCGCAAGGGUGUGGAGAUCUCAACAAUCAAGAUGGAGCUGAUAGAGUCACGGCAAUUAUUUGCCGACUACGCUGGUCGCCGGAUAAGUCACCAGAACGACAUGCAAGUUGCGGUGACCGAAGGCGAUAUGCCAGAGAACUCGGCGCGCAGGGUCCCAGACGGAACAGAAGACACAGAUGCGCUAUUUGACGAAUCGCAUCGCUUCUCCAUGACUCUCGAUCUGCCAAAAUCGCUCAAGAACUGCCGGCAAUCAGUGGACACCGAGAACAUACGGCUAACGCACAAGCUGCGGUUAUACGUGAACCUCAAGAACCCAGAAGGUCACACUAGUCAACUGCUGGUCAAGAACCAUGUGCACCUCUUCAUUUCCCCGAAUCUGCCUCCGAACGAAGACCAGAGUGUGAUAGUUGACCAGGCUCUCCUGAACCAGCAAGCGAUACAGGACGAGGUCAACCAGAAUGCGCCUCCUACAUAUGGCCUGCAUCAACUGGAUUCUCUAUACAACGACAUUGAUCCAUCCGGCUUCAUGACCCCUGGUGGGAUGCACAGCAUGAUGAACAGUGGCGCCAACACACCCUUUUAUGCGCAAAGUCGCCGCGGCUCAUCUGAGAAUCUCACAUCUCUGGAUGCAGCCCUCCACCAACCUGGUGGCGGCGCAUCAGCAGCAGCUCUGCAACACCGCCUCGCAAACCUUAGCAUGGAUCACAGCGACCGCCCCAAUCGCUUCCAGCCUACUCGUCAACACUCGUCUGGCGAUAGUACACCAGCACACGACAGCGAGCAGGCUUACUUCGACCUCCCGCCAUCGAACUACGAUAUGGACGCUCUGGCCCGCACUCCCAGCUACAACACGGCUGUGCGUACGCCUGCUGGUUCCAGGACCCCUGGCGGCAUGGACAUGGAUCUGCCGAGCUACGAGAUUGCUACCUCAAGGCCUAGCUCUCCGUCCAGGAGUCGUGGUAGUAGAGGUACGACGCCUAGUCCGGCAAGAAGUCUGGAUACGCUGAACGAGGAGACCUAUCGCAAUACACAGAUGAACAGCAGGAGGCAGAGUCCCAGGGAUGGGAGCCCCAUCAGGACUAGCGAUGAUGGAAGGUAA